UUCCAAUUAUAUUUCUUAGGACGCUUCGGUUGCUACGACUAGAUAACAUUAGAAAUUAAUAUGAGUUUUUAAAAUAAAACACAUCUAUAAAGAUGAGGGCAGUGCCAACUUGGGUCGACAAGGUUAUCGACAGCAAUAAGCACGAGCAAUGCGUUUGGGGUUUAUGCUUCAGUCCUGAUGGCCAACGACUAAUUGUUGCUGCUGGUAAUCGGGUAUUGGUUUAUGAUGCAGCAGAUGGUACAAUGAUACAGCCUCUUAAGGGGCACAAGGAAACUGUGUACUGUGUUGCUUAUGCUGCUGAUGGGAAGAGGUUUGCUUCAGGUUCAGCGGAUAAAAGUGUUAUAAUCUGGACAAACAAGCUAGAGGGAAUUCUAAAAUACACUCACAAUGAUGCUAUUCAAUGUCUUGCUUACAAUCCAGUCUCUCACCAGCUUGCAAGCUGUGCAAUCACAGAUUUUGGCCUUUGGUCACCAGAACAAAAAUCAGUCACUAAAAAUAAAGUCAGCAGUCGAAUCACUUGCUGUAGCUGGACUAAUGAUGGGCAAUACUUAGCCUUAGGUCUCUACAAUGGACUGGUCAGCAUAAGAAACAAGUCUGGUGAAGAAAAGGUGAAAAUAGAGAGGCCCCAGGCCAAUAUUGCUCCUAUCUGGUCUGUUUCCUGGAACCCAAACAAAGAUGAGUCCAGUGAUGUCCUAGCUGUUGCUGACUGGGGACAGAAACUUUCCUUCUACCAACUCUCAGGAAAACAGAUUGGAAAAGAUAGAACACUUGGAUAUGACCCUUGCUGUUUGAGCUGGUUCACUAAAGGCGAGUACAUAGUGCUAGGUGGCGCUAACAAGCAGUGCUGUUUGCACACAAAAGAAGGUGUAAAGUUAGGUGUCAUAGGUGAACCCGCUGGGUGGGUGUGGAGCUGUGCUGUCAAGCCUGACUCCAACUAUGUGGCUGUAGGCACCAAUGAUGGGACGAUUGCAUUAUAUCAACUCAUAUUUAGUACAGUUCAUGGCUUAUACAAGGAACGAUAUGCCUACAGGGACAACAUGACAGAUGUCAUAAUCCAACAUCUGACCACAGACCAGAAAGUUCGGAUCAAAUGUCGUGAUUUAGUUAAAAAGAUCGCUAUCUAUAGAAACAGACUGGCUGUUCAACUGCCUGAUCGUAUCAUUGUAUACGAGCUGUACUCUGAUGAUGCAGCUGACAUGCACUACAGAGUGAAGGAAAAAAUUAAUAAAAAAUUUGAUACCAACCUUUUGGUCGUUUGCUCGCAAAAUAUCAUUCUAUGCCAGGCAAAACAGCUCCAGUGUUUAUCAUUUUCUGGUGAAAAGGAGAGAGAGUGGGUGAUGGAGUCUAUAAUUAGAUACAUCAAAGUCAUUGGUGGCCCUGCUGGCAAAGAAGGGCUGCUUGUUGGUUUAAAAAAUGGCCAGAUCUUUAAAAUUUUUGCGGACAAUCCUUUCCCCAUCCUCCUGAUGAAACAAAGCACAUCUGUAAGGUGCCUUGAUUUGAGCUCCUCCCAGAACAAGCUGGCAGUGGUUGAUGAGCAGAACACUUGUCUGGUGUAUGACCUCACCACUAAAGAUCUGCUCUUUCAGGAAAAAAAUGCUAACAGUGUAGCAUGGAAUGCGCAGUAUGAAGACAUGCUAUGUUUCUCAGGAAAUGGAAUGCUAAAUAUAAAAGCCAGCAACUUUCCAGUUCAUCAGCAAAAAUUGCAGGGCUUUGUGGUUGGUUUCAGUGGCUCAAAGAUCUUCUGCCUGCAUGUGUAUGCCAUGUCUGCUGUUGAUGUCCCCCAGUCAGCUCCAAUGUACCAAUAUUUAGAGAAAAAAAUGUUCAAGGAAGCUUAUAAAGUGGCCUGCUUAGGUGUCACAGAUGGUGACUGGGAGGCUCUAGCACAUGAUGCUCUGGAAGGACUUGAUUUUGAUACAUCCAAGAAAGCCUUCAUUAGGAUUAGAGACUUACGUUACUUAGAACUGAUUCAUGGGAUUGAGGAACGAAAACGUAGGGGGGAGCAAGAUAACAUGGUGUUUUUGGGCGAUGUCUAUGCCUAUCAGACUAAAUUUCACGAAGCUGCCAAGUUAUACAAAAAGUCGAACCAGGAACAGAGAGCACUUAACUUGUACACAGAUUUGAGGAUGUUUGACUAUGCUAAGGAAUUUCUGGGAGCAGGUGAUGCACAAGAUAAAAAACUUCUUAUAACCAAGCAAGCUGACUGGGCCAAGAGCAGCAAUGAGCCGAGGGCAGCAGCAGAGAUGUACAUCUCAGCUGGGGAGUACCUGAAGGCCAUUGACAUCAUAGGCGACCAUGGCUGGCCUGACAUGAUGAUUGAUCUGGCACGUAAAAUUGACAAGGCAGACAGAGAAGCUCUGGGCAAGGCAGCCCAGCACCUAGCUAAGAUGGGAGAGUAUGGUUAUGCAGCUGAAGUCUACAGCAAGAUGGGAGACCAGAAAGCCUUGAUUGCCAUGCGGGUCGAGGCCAAACACUGGGACGAUGCCUUUAUCCUAGUAGAGAAACAUCCAGAAUACAAAACAGAUGUGUAUGUACCUUAUGCCCAGUGGUUGGCAGAGAAAGAUAGGUUUGAGGAGGCUCAACAAGCUUUCCACAAGGCAGGUCUACAAGCAGAGGCAGUCAAGGUUCUGGAACAGUUGACCCACAAUGCAGUGGUAGAGUCGAGGUUUGAUGAUGCUGGCUACUACUUCUGGAAACUGUCUAUCCAGUGUCUUGACAUUGCUAGAGAAGAACCAGAAAAAUGUGUUGACAUGCUUAAGAAGUUUAGAGACUUUCAAACUAAAGCAAACAUUUAUUACGUAUACCAUACCAUCAAUAGACACGUGGUAGAACCAUUUACCAGUGUGCUGCCUGAAGGGUUGUUCAACAUGUCUCGCUACCUUCUGCAUGAAACAGAGAGAGAUGUGCCUGUUGGAGUUUCUAAGUCAGCAACUUUGUUCACACUUGCCAAACAAAGUAAGAAUCUUGGGGCUUAUAAGCUGGCCAGAACAACAUAUGAAAAACUGCGUUUAAUGCGUCUGCCAUCAAGGUUCCAGAAUGCUGUGGACCUAGGGUGUUUGACUGUCAGAUCCAAACCUUUCCAUGAUGCAGAAGAAUUGUUAGCAAUGUGUUAUCGCUGUUCCACAACCAACCCUUUGGUCAACAAAACUGGAAACAGAUGCGUUAAUUGCAAGCAACCAUUUGUUCAUUCCUUUGUCACUUUUGAAGUUCUUCCUCUGGUGGAGUUUGUUCUAGAGGAAGGAAUGACAGACCAGGAAGCUGUACAUAUCUUGGACAUGUCCAUUCCAAAACAAAAGAAGAAAGGUGGACCUUGGUCAGAAACAAAGAUGGGCAAUUUCCAAUCUCUGCGACUGGGGGAGGAAGCUCCUGAAGAAGACGAAGAUCCAUUUACAGCAAGGCUCAAGUCAUACAAUGAAAGUGAUGAGUUUCAGCCUGUGGUUGUCAAUAAAUCAACACUUCAGACAAUGUCAAGGUCAGAUGUGUACAUACUAAAAUGGCCAAAGCCAUUGAGAUACCAGUUCUUUAGGUCACUUCUGCCAGAUGUGCCUAUUACUCUCUGCUCUUCAUGUAACAAGUUGUUUCAUACUGAUGAUUUUGAACAACAAUACCUUCAACGUGGUCACUGCCCUUUUUGUAAAAGCAAGUAUGAUGAUUGAAUCUCCCAGCAAGAAGACUUCAGAAAAUACCUAUGAAAAAAAAACUCUUUAAACUGACUGCAGAAUUAUCAGACCUGAUCAGUUUAUAGCUAUUUACUUGAAUAAGUUCUUGUUCAAUAAGUGUUUACUGUUAUGUAUACUUUACAGAAGUUAUGACAACAGACAAAAGCUUGAAUAGAUAUUUUAUUAUCGUGAUUGUGAUAAAUACAUGGGGUCAGAUAUAUAUAUAUAUAUAUAUUUAUCAACAGCUUAUUUCCGUCCAUGAAUGGUUUGUUUCAACUGAACAAAUGUAGCUAUUGUUUGAAAUUUUGAAACAUGUGAUAUGUAUUUACUAAAUUUUCUUUCUGUGGUUCUAACUGCAGUCUUACAUAAGCUGCAGGUGACCACUAACUUACUUGAAAUAACCUUUGUAUAUAUUGCUACUGGUAAAAUGUGUAACAGUGCAGUUUGCAUUGUCACAAUGACAAAUGGAUUUGAAAUAAACCAAAUGACAAGUCUUCUGCAGUGUAUGUUAAAUGAUCUUUAUUACAACUUGGGUGAUAUCUUUUACAGAAAAAAGCCAUACAUACACAUGUAUUAAAAUGUUUUUUUUUAAUAUAAAGCGUCCAUCACAUCUGUUCAUUUUACAUUACUUUAUACAUUUUAUAGAAUUACAUUGUUAUAGUUUAUUGAAAAGAUUUAAAAGCCUGUCCUUACUAACUUACAAAAAUGUAAAGAAAAUGAAUGAUACCUUACAGUAACAAUGCA